AUGGACGAUAUCGUCAUGAACGAUUCGUCAGAGGUACUUCCCCCACGACCACCUCCGGAACCUAUCGAGCGACCUCCUACUCCCCCUCCGCCUCCCCCAGAAGAUUCCGCCGCCCCUCCUCCGCCGCCAGAUGCGGCCGCGCCUCCACCACCGCCCGAAGAACUUCCUCCUGCACCUCCGCCACCUGAACCAAAGAAGAAGAAGGUGGGAUGGGGCGCGAAGAAGCCAGCGGCUACACCGCUGAGUGUAGAGGAACUGGUUCGCAAAAAGAGGGAAGCUGAUGCGGCAGCUGCUAGGCCAAAAUUCUUGUCGAAAGCCGAGAGAGAACGACUGGCCCUGGAAAAACGAGCAAAGGAAGUCGAAGCAGAGCGAAAGCUAAAGGCGUCCAACGGUGUCGACAGGAGUGCGACGCAGUCGCCUUCAAUUAGCUCUGAAGUCAAUAAUGGUGAUGGAAGGUCUAUACCCACCGGUCCCCGGGCCAUGAGAAGCUCAGACGCUCCUACCGCACCAGCUGCAAUGCGCAAUUCUCACUCCCAUAAUAAAAACCGCGACCUAUCGCCGCCUCCCCCGCCAAAGUCAAUGGGUUCGAAAGGCGACAAGCGAUCAGUCGACGACGAUGAAGUAGCCGCUCAGGUGGCAUUGGUUAAGCAGAGGUACAUGGGCGCAGACCAGACGUCGACUUUCUCGGCAAAGAAGAAGCGGAAGAGGACAACAGACCGGAAGUUCAAUUUCGAGUGGAACGCAGAAGAAGACACAAGUUUCGGAGACGAUGUCGCCGACAACGUGGCGAAGAAGUACGCGAGAGCCCUGGAGGACCGCGACCACGAAGCGGGAGGUAUCCGCGCCCGAGAGAUCCUGGAAAUGGAGCGCCGGCGGAGAGAAGAGAGCACCCGCAACCAGCUUGACAAACACUGGAGCGAGAAGAAACUGGAGCACAUGCGCGAGCGCGACUGGCGUAUCUUCAAGGAAGACUUCAAUAUCAGUACCAAGGGUGGGAGUGUACCGAACCCCAUGCGGUCGUGGGAUGAGUCCAAUCUCCCCAAACGUCUCAUGGAGCUUGUCAACAAAGUUGGCUACAAGGAACCUACGCCUAUUCAACGUGCUGCUAUCCCCAUUGCCAUGCAGUCUCGCGAUCUUAUCGGUGUCGCCGUUACCGGUUCCGGUAAGACGGCAGCCUUCCUCCUCCCUCUGCUAGUCUACAUCGCCGAACUGCCUCGCAUCGACGAGUUCGAAUGGAGAAAGAACGACGGCCCUUACGCCAUCGUCCUCGCCCCGACCCGUGAAUUGGCCCAGCAAAUCGAGAUCGAAGCCAAGAAAUUCACAGAACCCCUCGGCUUCAACGUCGUCAGUAUAGUCGGAGGUCACUCCUUCGAAGAACAAGCCUACAGUCUCCGCAACGGCGCAGAAAUCAUCAUCGCCACCCCAGGUCGUCUAGUCGACUGCAUCGAACGCCGCAUGCUAGUCCUCAGCCAAUGUUGCUACGUAAUCAUGGACGAAGCAGACCGCAUGAUCGACCUGGGUUUCGAAGAACCCGUCAACAAGAUCCUCGACGCCCUCCCGGUCUCCAACGAAAAGCCCGACUCCGAGGAAGCCGAGAACUCAAUGGCCAUGAGCCAACACAUCGGCACGAAAGACCGCUACCGCCAAACAAUGAUGUACACAGCCACCAUGCCCACAGCCGUCGAACGCAUCGCCCGCAAAUACCUCCGUCGCCCGGCCAUUGUCACAAUCGGUAGCGCCGGCGAAGCCGUCGACACCGUCGAGCAGCGCGUCGAGUUCAUCGCAGGCGAAGACAAGCGCAAGAAGCGUCUGGGCGAUAUUCUCUCGUCCGGCGAAUUCCGGCCGCCAAUCAUCGUCUUCGUCAACAUCAAGCGGAACUGCGAUGCUAUCGCCCGCGAAAUCAAACAAUGGGGUUUCUCCUCUGUUACCUUGCACGGUAGUAAGACCCAGGAGCAGCGUGAAGCCGCUCUGGCGUCUGUGCGGAACGGCCAAACGGAUGUUCUGGUCGCUACCGAUUUGGCUGGUAGAGGUAUCGAUGUUCCCGACGUCAGUCUGGUUAUCAACUUUAACAUGGCGACUACUAUUGAGAGUUACACUCAUCGUAUCGGUCGUACCGGUCGUGCGGGUAAGAGUGGUGUGGCUAUUACUUUCUUGGGUAAUGAGGAUACGGAUGUUAUGUACGAUCUCAAGCAGAUGCUUAUGAAAUCACCCAUUUCUCGACUACCGGAAGAGCUGCGCAAGCAUGAAGCCGCACAAUCGAAGCCCACGCGCGGGUUUGCGAAGAAGAAUGAUGACAGCUCUGCGUUCGGGUCAAAGGGGGGAUGGUGAUGGUCUAAUGCCGGGUGUUAAUGUCCAUAUGAUAUCAAAAUAUAAAGGAAGUUCUUCAUUCCUCUAGUAUGAUAUAA